CAUUGAGUGAUAACCUUUCACAAGGCGAACAGAAUAAUCUUUAUUACAUAUUUAUUUUGCUAUAAUGAUGGUAGAACGUCUAUCCACCAUGCGGCAGUAGAGCAAAGCAGAAAACAAAACUGGACUAACGACAUCACGUGUAAUUAAAAUAUUGGACACAACACAAAUCAGUCAACAGGGUACCGUGCUCCGGAUCAGCUCGUUGUUUGGAAUAUUCAUAAACACGCGUUCAAGCCGCCGGCAACAUGAAAUCGAUUUGUCUAAUUAUUAUCAGUGGUUUCAUACUCAGCUGUCAAGGUUAUACCGCUAUUUUCCCAAAUUCUGAAAGUAAAGAAUUUCCCGGUGAAUGUUACGAUACGGAUACGAAGAUUCACUUCAAACCCGGUGAGUCUCGCCAAAGGACCGGAUUGUGCGAAGAAAUGACAUGUGGAACGGAUUUCUCUAUUAACUACUUCGGGUGCGGAGUGGCCGUUAUGGACGAUGACCCAGACUGCGAACCUAUUGAACAGGACUUCACUAAGAACUACCCAGAAUGCUGUAAUAAGUACAAAUGCGUACGCAAUGGAGAAGUUAAUUAUAUUUGAUAGAACAUGACUCAAAUUCGUAGUUAGAUAUGUUAUUCACUACUUAGACAUACGAUUGAUUUUUUUAUAUAAAUACGAAACAAAUUAAAAUCAAAUAAAUCGAA